AUGGACGCCGCCAUCUUGACUCAGCGUAUUCUACAGUUUCAAAGAGCCUACGACUGCCUUUUGCAGCAAUGGAGCGAGUUCUUCGAGAAGCUCUUGCUGCAGCUCAUCUCCAUCAAUCACAUCAUCGUCUUCCCGCAUUACAGCAGAUCCAACGAAGUCGUCGACCCCUCCUAUUUUCGAGACAGAGUCCCAAGCCAUACCGAGCAGUCGUUGGGCAAAGACCAUCCUGGACUUGGGCCCAAGACCAAGCAUCAUCCUAUAAAACGGGUCCGACAUCGAGCUUCAACGGUCACUAGGAAGAAACUAAGCCAGGGAGUUUUUCUGCCGCCUCUGGCCGGGGCGAAACGACGUCUGCCACGGGGAGAGACGAGGCCUGGGUCAGACGAGGUCGGCCUCGGGGGGGGAUCCGCGUGGGCGUCUCGCGUGGGCACCGAGGAUCCUUCCUUCCUUCCUUCCUUCCUUCCUCACUCACUCAUCGCCCUCCUCCUCCCUUUUUUUCUAGCUGCCCCGCGGGCGCAAGGGGAUGGGAGAAAGGGAGGAUCCCUCAAUGGAAGGAUCCUCCCUCACCAAGGAUGGCUGGUGACGUCAAAGGCCUCCAGGAUUGAUUCAGUGCCUCUGGGUUCGCCCAUGGGGAAGGCCUUAAGGUGUAAAAACGACCGCCGCCGAAUGAAAAUAAAGCGAAAGCAGUUCCGAAUAUCAGUGCUUAAGAAAGCCGCAUCAGGGACACCACGAAGAUCAUGUGAAAGAGAUCAUCGGAGAACCCCAGAUGCGAAACCUAGGUGUCGCUCCACUUCGAGUGAACGGAGUCGCACAGAAAAGCAGCGUCGCAGACAAAACCAAGAUGGAUCCGAAAAACCCUGUGAGGAAAAGAAGGAAGAGAAGAAAUGUUCCAGUUCAACUGUGGAUCGAGAGAAAUGUCCCACUGCUUCAGCAGAGGAGAAACAAAAUCUGGAGUCACACCUGACAAGUGCCAUGAUGUCAGCAAGCAUCAGGUCAACCCAGGCUGGGGAAAAGGAACCUGGAAGCAAAUCCUCCAUGGUGACCCUUUUGAUGGUCUUGGCACCAGAGCGAACCAGAAACACGGGCAUUUUUGCAUCAAAUUCAGCAAUUGUUUGCCGACAUGCGCCACACGGGGGCACGUAUUGGCCCAGCAAUUCUGCUGAAACUGCAAUGGCGCGGAAUUUGCGAAACCCUCUGCAAAUUGCUGUGCCAAUGGCGUUUCUUUCCGCACACACUGUCAUGCCGUAG